UGUAGUGUACUGAGUAUUUGUUCUUAUUGUAUAAUUUAUGUAUUGUGACGUCAUCAUUUACUUCCUGUGUUGCUGUAUUUAUACUUGAGUUUUGUCAUUAAUAUCAGUCUCUUUGUGCAAGUAAUUCUGAAUGAUUGUUAUUACUUAUCGUGCUUGAACUAACUAAGUCAAUACACGACAGUGGCGACGAGGACUAACGGAUCAUGGCAACUACGCUGAUGGGGCACAUAGAGGCUUUCGAGCCUGAGGCAGACGAUUGGCCGCAGUAUGCAGAAAGAAUGGAAGAGAUGUUCGUAGCAAAUGAGAUGGUAGGAGAGGGUAUGGCCGAGAAGAGACGAUCUGUGUUUUUGUCCGUGGUGGGAAAGCGUACCUACAACAUCCUGCGAAGCCUUCUCUCACCAGACAAACCUUCCACUAAGACGUUCGAGGAGUUGACGGCAGUACUGACGAGUCACUUCAGUCCACCGCCAUCAGAAGUGAUCCAAAGGUUCAGAUUCUAUGGCAGAUCAAGACAACCAGGAGAGUCAGUGUCAGCGUUCAUAGCUGAGUUGAGGAAGCUGACAGAAUAUUGCAACUUUGGAGCAUCAUUGAAUGCAGCGUUGAGAGACCGAAUAGUCGGCGGAAUCAACAAUGAGGCAACACAGAAAAGACUCCUGGGAGAGCGAGCAUUGACUUACCAGAGAGCAGUAGAGAUUUCCCAGAGUGUGGAGACGUCAGACGCUAACCUAAGGGAGAUGAAGCCUGUCCCUAUCAAGACAGAGCCAGUAUUUCAGAUUGGCAGGGAGAGACAAGAGACUCAGACAGCCAAUAAACUGACACAAUGUUCACGCUGUGGUACUGAGGGACAUUUACCGACUACAUGUCGGUUUAAAGACAAAUAUUGCAACUUUUGCAAAAAGAAAGGCCACAUUGCUCGAGUGUGUAGAAAUCGACUACAGCAGGCAGAGGCAUGGAGGCCCAAGCACUCAAGAAAGAACGUUCGAUACCUAGAGGAAGAAACUACUUCAGAGAGUGAAGAUGCCGAAGACUACAUCAAGAUGGUGGCUGAUAUCUCUCAAGUCAAGAGGAGAGAAAGGUCACCACCCAUCAGAGUAACAAUGUCUGUGAGUGGGGUAGACCUAGAUUUUGAAGUAGAUACAGGUGCCUCUGUUAGCCUCAUGGGAGAAGCUGAUUACUCUAAGUUGUUCCCCAAACACCCACUAGUACAAUCUGAGGUCAGACUACAGACUUACUUGGGAGAACCUAUCUCUGUUGUUGGUAGUGUUGUGGUUAAGGUUGAAUAUGGAGGUCAAACCGCUGACUUACCACUGAUUGUUGUCAAGGGAAAUGGUCCCACAUUGCUUGGUAGGAAUUGGUUGAAGGCUAUUAGGUUGGAUUGGCAGUCUAUCUAUUAUACUGAGCCUGCUGGGUUGCCCAAGGUACUAGAGAAGUACAGUGAGAUAUUUGAAGAUGGCCAAGGCACCUUCAAGGGGUAUGAAGCCCAUUUAGAAAUCAAUCCAAAUGCCCAGCCUCGUUACAACAAAGCCAGGACCAUACCUUAUUCUAAAAGAAAAGGGGUUGAAGAUGAACUAGACCGCUUAGUUGCUGAGGGCACACUGGAGCCCGUUGAGUACUCCGACUGGGCAGCACCCAUAGUGGCAGUAUUGAAGGCCGACAAGAAAACUAUCCGAAUUUGUGGCGAUUUCCGAACAACUGUGAAUUCAGUAUCGAAACUGAACCGUUACCCAAUACCGAGGGUAGAAGAUCUGUUUGCCGGUUUAGUGAAAGGAAAAACAUUUUCUACCAUUGAUCUUAAACAGGCGUACCUACAAAUGAAGCUGGACGCUCAAUCUCGGAAGUACGUAGUGAUCAACACUCACAGAGGCUUAUUUAGGUACACUCGCUUGCCUUAUGGUGUCAGCUCUGCACCAGGCCUCUUCCAAAGGGCAAUGGAGCAGAUGCUCCGUGGCAUUCCAGGUGUUGUCGUGUAUAUGGAUGACAUUCUGAUCACAGGCCAAACCAAUGUCGAGCAUUUGAACUCGUUAGAAGAGGUGCUGAGAAGACUUACCGAAGCUGGACUGCGAGCUAAAAAGACCAAAUGCCACUUCAUGGAGCCGCAAGUUGUUUUCCUUGGACAUGUUGUGGAUGAGAAAGGGUUACACCCUAUGCCGAGCAAGAUGAAGGCUAUCCAAGAGGCACCAAAACCGAAGAACGUGACAGAGCUCAAGUCCUAUUUAGGAUUGCUAACCUAUUACGGAAAAUUUAUGGGGAACCUGUCCACUACUCUAGCACCGCUAUACACCCUGUUGAAAAAGAGCACAACGUGGAAUUGGUCUACAGACCAAGAAGAAGCGUUCCAAAAGUCCAAACAGUUGCUAACCUCCUCAAACCUAUUAGUUCGGUUCGACCCAACACUGCCGAUUGUGUUGGCAUGUGAUGCCUCUCAGUACGGUAUUGGGGCAGUACUCGCCCAUACGAUGCCAGAUGGUUCCGAACGACCAGUUGGAUACGUCUCGAGGACCUUGAACGAUGCUGAAAAGAACUAUGCUCAGCUAGAGAAGGAAGGGCUAGCCCUCGUCUUUGGAGUCAAGAAGUUCUAUUCCUACUUGUUUGGGCACCCCUUCACACUGAUCACAGACCACAAACCUCUGUUGGGACUACUGAGUGAGUGCAAGUCUACAUCACCCCAAGCAUCAGCCAGAGUAAAAAGGUGGUCACUCUAUUUGUCGAUGUUCGAAUAUAUGCUCACUUUCCGGAACACUACAGCUCAUGCAAACGCUGAUGCAUUGUCACGCUUGCCACGGGCCAAGCAACCCAAGAAACAUCUCAAACCAACUGAAUUAGUAUUAUUGGCAACGCAUCUCGAAAACUCUCCUGUGUCCGCGGAACAAAUCGCUGAAGCCACACGGAAGGACCCGGUGCUCUCCAUGAUAUCACAAUAUGUGAAUCAGGGCUGGCCUAGAGCAACUAUCCCCGGUCAACCACAGCUGAGAGCGUAUUUUGACAAGAAGAAUGAAUUAUCGACCUUCGAAGGAUGUUUGUUGUGGGGAUCCAGGGUCAUAGUUCCAAAGCCGUGCCAAGAAGCAGUCCUCACACAAUUACACGAGGGACACCAAGGAAUUGUCCGAACGAAGGUUUUAGCCCGGUAUGACCCCUCGUUCGUAUAAUGGACUUAUAAGUUAAAACUGUGACAUUUAGUUGAUAGACCUUCAAUGUAAGGGGGAAGGAAUGUAGUGUACUGAGUAUUUGUUCUUAUUGUAUAAUUUAUGUAUUGUGACGUCAUCAUUUACUUCCUGUGUUGCUGUAUUUAUACUUGAGUUUUGUCAUUAAUAUCAGUCUCUUUGUGCAAGUAAUUCUGAAUGAUUGUUAUUACUUAUCGUG